UUUUAUCAUAAAGUGAAAGUGAAAGUAGGCUAUCUGUCAAGUGGGGUGCAGUUGCAGUUUUUCCCAACUUGAAAAUUUGCAAAGAAAGCCGAAGCUGAAUCCAAAUAUUUACCGAAUUUCUUUCUUUUACGCACUAAAUUCAUAGAAUGAAGGUUAUUUCUUCUUGGAGUCAGGGCAGUACAAUGGGUUCGCUGAUUAUGUACAUUGUGGUAGCUCUUGGUGCAUCGUGUAGUGCAGCGCCUGUUUCAGGUAGCCUUGUGGUUUUGGUCCAGUCCCCUGUCACGGUACACCACGGCCACACAACCACAUUACCAUGCUGGCUCAAUCCACCGCAAAGUGCAGAGGGUUUCGAGGUUCGUUGGUACCGUCACAACAACUUUGAUUCCCCGGCCAUGCUUUAUCGGGCAAAACAGUUUGACGAUACAUCUCAGGAAGCUUCGUACAAGGGCAGAGUCUCCUUUGGCUUAAAGGAUGCAGCCUCUGGCGGACGGAAGGAAGGUGAUGUGAGCCUGCAGCUGGUAAAUGCUACACUUGAGGAUGCAGGAGAUUACGUUUGUUAUGUCAGCAGUGAUCAGGGUUAUGAUAGUGAAAGCGUCAGUCUCAUCGUGACUGAAAGGGGAGCCCCUCCACUUCUGUCAGCUGUGUGGAAAGAAGAUAACGUGAUGAAUGUGAGCUGUGAGUCUGGAGGCUGGUAUCCAGAGCCUAUCCUGCGCUGGUCGGACCAAAAGCAGGUUCUGGACACAAAAAACCUGAAUUACAGAAAAGAGUCUUCUGGUCUUGUGUCAGUCCACAGCUGGCUUCUUGUCGCCAGCUCCUCUGAGGUUUACUGCUCAGUGGGCCUCUCUGGUGAAGAGAUGAAGGAGGCAGGAGUGCGCCUGGAAAACCCUCCUCAACCUGGUGAACAGGGAUCCUCUGCAGCUGGAUGGGUGGCCUUCACACUAGCCAUGUUAGUGUUAGCUGUACUUGGAGUGCUGUACUUCAUAAAGAGAAGGAAGAAAGCCAAUUCAAGAAAUGACCACCCUGAUGGUAAGAAGGACCACAGAGUUUCUGUAGACACAUUAUUUAUUACUCUUGCUCAAAAUUUCAAGGUUCAGAAACCUUUACUAGAAGAAGUGAUUCCAGAUCUAUCAACAGCUAGAAAGUAUUAUGUAAAUGUUACACUUGACAAGAAGGAAAAUCAGUAUCUCAAAAUGAAGAACAAUAUACUGAGAGAUGCCAACCUGGGAGGAGCUGAUUUUCCUGAUGGACAAAAGGUUACCUGUCUCACAGCUAUCAAAGGAACACCUGGCUUCUCUUCUGGACAACACUACUGGGAGGUUUCUAUGGGGCGUCCCUCAACAGUCUUCAAACAGUCGUGGUGGGUAGGAGUUACAAGUGCAACUGUCUUCCCUCUGGACGCUGAUAUGUCUCCAACUCCAUCUAAUGGUUUCUGGUUCAUGUCCUCUUCACCUGGCAGAUUUCAGUUUAACACCGAACCAAAAGUUUUCCUGCCUGUCCAUUUCAGACCUCAGACGGUUGGUGUGUAUUUGGAUUAUGACAGUGGAGAGCUUUCCUUUUAUAAUGUGGAAAAUAAGAGCCUCAUUGGCAGUUUAACAGCUAAGUUCACAAGGGAAGUUUUUCCACUUUUCAAUCCUGGUAAAGGUGACAAGGCAGCUAUGGAGAUAAUACAGAGAACAGAACAGGCUCAGUGUAGUGACACGGGUAACUGUAUAGAUUCACCAGCACAAGAGCCUGAAUAAUUAUUUUAUCAGUAAUAAGUGUUGUUAGAAAGCAAGAUGAAAACACUCAUCCUGAGUGUUUUAUAUGUUUAAUAUAUCCUGUGUGAAAGGGAGAAAGAGGAUACAAAAUUGAACCACGUGUUGCUUUGACUUAAUGGUUUUAUUUAGUUCAUGGAAAUUUUUUGAGUGACUUAAAUGGGUGACCACCCAACAUUUUUAAUUAAGUCAUAUUAAAGCUAAAAUUUUGAUAGACACGCUAACUUAAACUGAAAACCAAUUCUGCAUGAGAUAAAAUAAUAGAAGGGUUACACUAAAUGUACAGUACCACUUCUGUGAAGCACAUAGUGAUUGUGUUUUGGGGGUUUCCGUCUCAUUUUCGUGAACGCAAUAUCUAAUAUAAGAUAUUGCCUUGAGGGAAUUUGUUGAAAUUGGGCACAAACGUUCACUUGGACUCAAAGACUAACUGAUAAGAAUUUGGUGGUCCAUGGUCACUGUGAUCUCACAAAACAUGUCUUUGGCCAUAGAAUUGAUGCGGUAUUUAUGACACAAUUUCACAUAGAGGAAGUGAUGACAUUUUUUUGCCAAAAGGUCGAAGGUCAACUUCACUGUGACGUCAUAUUGUCCUGGAAAAACAUACCAUAACUCAGAAACAGAAGGGGAGAUUGUGACCAUAUUUCACAGUUGGUCACACAGUUGGUUUUGACUGAAAGCUCAAAGGUCAUUGUGACCUCAAAAUAGAGUUUUGGUCAUAAUUUAAGAAUGAAAUUGGUGAUUUCAGAUUUCACACACGUCGACUGGGGCGACACAGUGAGUAAACAAUGGCUUUCCUCCAUCUCCUUCAUUUUGCCUUUCAUUUCCUGCCUCAAAUGUGAAUUUCGAGCGUCAUCAGAAUCACAUGACCGCAAACAACAUAUUGAAGCUAAUCAUGCUCUUGUGAGUGAGUUUCACCAACUGCCCAUAGAGAGGCUUCACAUCUAAAAAUGGAGGAAACAAAAGCACCACAUUUUGUGUAGCUGUACUCUCUAAAUUCCCUCUACAUAGUAAUCAAUGUGGUCCUGUGUGGGCAACAUCUAUAAUAAUCCUUCGUUAAUCAGUUCAACAACGUGUGUUGACUAGAAUCAUACAUAUUGUUACUAUAGUGCUAACUAUCUUUAAGCCAAAAAAAUGUACUUUUUGAAUUUUUUCAGUUCAAAAGUAUUCACUACAUACAAUAUAUUAUAUGAGUCUUGACAGACAGGGAUGUAAACUGCAACUUGAAUGGUUGGCAGAGACAUACAGACUUGGGACAGUAACUAGUUUGUUGAAGCUGCUAACUGACAACUUAGCUCUGUUGUUAAAUGUGAGUUUGGGAUGUAAGGUAAACAUACCAUUAAACGAGUAGUUGUACAUUUUUGGAAAUACACUUACUUGCUUUCUUGCCAAGAGUCAGAUGAGAAAUCUGUGUGCGAAAUACUUAGCUCCAUCCGGCAGCCAGUUAGCUUAGCUUAGGACAAAGACUAGAAAUGGUGAAACGGCUAUGGUGUCCUUCUUCUCGUUUACCUCAGCAAAAAAACAAACAAAGGCGUAGUUUUCCAAAACUACUAGUGUAGUAGUAUUGUAGUGUUGUGGGCAUGAUAGCCUAGUGCUUAAUACGCAUACCAUAUACUGUGAUGUCUCUGUUGCUUUCCUGUUUGCUUCUGUACAUGAACACUGGUACUAAUUGAUAAUGCAGGCCUCCUGUCUUUGGCAAACUGCAUGUCAGUAUGGUUUUUCAGACUUCGUAUCUUCUCAAAUAUAAACAUAGUUAUGCCUUGUAUGCCUUGAUUGAUCUACAUUUUGUUUUCUAUAGCAACGUGUUUCUGUUGUGUCCACCAUCUGUAAGGUUUAUUGAAACUGUGUUAAUUGUGAAACCAUAUUCUUUUCGACAGUACUUUAUACACUAUAAGUAAAAGUGCACUGACACGUAUACUCAUUUUAUUUAGAGACUAAUUAGAAUUUGUUUAUCUUAUGAAUUUAUCAUUGUUUGUGCUCAGUUGCUGCCUUUGAAAUAGCUUAAAUUGUGAUUGUAGUUUUGGGGAUUUAAAUCAGUUUUUAAAAACACUUUUACAUUUAUAAAGCGCUGCUGUCAAUCACAAAGACUUAUCAAAUAGAAAUAUCACAGAGCUCAUUUAGGUUCCAAAGGGUGCACAUUUCAAAAAAGCUGGUUUUUGCAAUCUAUAAUCUUAUUGGUCUUGCAUAAGGGACUCUAGGUGGCCUUUUUCAAGAUACAGCAGGUUACAACCAGAGUAGGACAACAAAAUGACAGACCCUCUUACUAAUUUAAUUCCUGGCCUCGUGAAAAACCAUCUCAUGGUUCAGCGUAUGGUACAAAGUUCUCAGUGGAACAAUACCUCAAGAUAUUGGGCUUAUUUUAAUACACUUAAUGAUUAUGACCUUCUACCAGCUGCAUCCCGCAGUCACAGGUUUUCCUCUUUCCUCUUUGUUCAGCUGAUUGAAGUCUCAAGGUGGGAAUUGGCUGACAUAUUUACUUUAUCAGCUAUUUAGAAACUGACAUACAAAAGGGAACAAUAACCCAGCUGUGGCCCUACACUGCUGGUUACAGUUGUGCUUGUGGCUUGACAUCUGGAAUGAGGCAGCUUUACUUUCAAGCUACAAGUUGAUAUCGUUGACCUUCUAUAUUUUGUUGUACACGAUGUCAUAUUUUUUAAAGUUUACAAAUGUCUUUUCAAUGAAAGUUGAUCAAAUGUAAAAUCAUACUAUAAAUGAAUGUGCUUUUAGUGGAUAGCAGUUUCUUUUUUAAAUAAACUCAAUCAUAUAUGGGAUCCCA